UUCCGCAAACAGGAUGGCGCAAAGGGAGCGCAGGGCAACUGGGCAACAAGGGCAGGGCGGGCGCUUCUGUCCGAAGGCGGCAGAGCGCGGCGGAGGCGAGUGGGAGAGGAGGAAAAGAGCGCGCGCGCACCAGAGCCGCUUCUCCGCCUCUGCGUCGAGCAGCCCCAGAUAGCAGCGACAGAAGCGGAGGAGACCCGCAGAGCUGCGAACGCGCCCGGCCGCCGCGAGCACGGCGGAAGCCUCGGCGCCCCUCCCGCCCACGCGCGUCCCCCCUAGACACGCAUCCAGCCAGAGCCGCGCUGGAAAACGACAGCACCCCGGAGAGUUCGAGACGGAGCCUUGCUGCCGUUAACGCCCCGCCGGCCCCUCCGCUCCUCCACCUGCCUUCCGACGCCGCGCCCCCACACCGCUCCGGGCCGCCGGUGUCCCGCCAGUUUCCCGACCCAGCCUCUCUUGGGCAGCAGCGGCUGAACGGAGACGCCAUGGGGAAGGAGACGCCGGGCAAGAAGGAGGGAUGCGAUUGCAAGCGGUUCCUGAAGAACAACUGGCUGCUGCUCAGCACCAUCCUAGCCGUGGUUUUGGG